CGAGUUAAGCACAAUUCUACUUGGUCUGUUACAGUGGUGUCUUUCUUUCGUAUGAUAUUGUACGAUCGAGUUACGAAUAGGGCUUAAAGGUUUGUAAGCGUAAUCGCAUAAGCGAGGCAUCUGAGCGUGUGCGUUCAACGAAUAUACAUCGCGAUGCGUGCACGUGCACAUCAACAUUAGUCAACGAUUCGCACACGCACAACGUACAAACGAAACGACCAGGCUGUGGUUGAGAAGCACAUCAGCUUGUCUCCGUCAAUGAAAUAGUUAGAUCUGUCAGUGCCAACUAUCGCCUCGUUCUCGGCGGAGCCUUUUAGAUUUUAUCUAUCGUGUUGCUUGAUUAAGUCGUUUUCUAAAACUGUUCUCGUACUGACCUCCCUGCAUUCGCCGCGGUAGCUUCUAGUUCUCAAGAAGAAAGGGAGAGAGUGUCACCUGUUACCGGUCGAAUAUCCGUUCCUAUAUUUCUUUUGAAUUGCCUUGUACUAAAUACGUACCAAACGAAAAAGACAAUCAAAGAAAUAAAAAUCUGCCGAGUCCAUUACAUCUUCUCUCGGAUCCGUGUCAUUCUUUCUCGUUUGCAUUUAUCGUACCCUAUUCGAACGUUGUAGAUACAAACGUCCUUCGUUACUCUGUCCUUCAUUCAUAGUUUACUUAUCGUCGAUUACGAACAAGAAAAAAAAAAAAAAUAUUACGAAGUAACUAUCAAGGAUAGUCGAACAGAACGAGAACUAUCAAAGUAACAAUUAUGUACUGGCCAUUAAUUUUCAUAACACGUUAAGUUUCAAUUGAAAUUAAAAAAAAAAAGAAAAAGAAAAAGGAAAAGAUACGCAAUUGAACGCGGUGUGAAGAAACGCGAUUGCAAAGCACAUUCUUAGCUCGCCACGCGUGAAUCGUUUGUUUCGUGAUCUAUUUUCUUCUUACGUAUUUCCCUGCUGUUUACUACCGUUCCGCCUCGCGAUACAACCGUGUGUAAGUAUAAUUACGACACCAUCUACUAUCCCUUUGUCAUGAGAUACGAGGACACUAUAGGGACAAAGGAGCGAAACUCUUGGCCUUCCAUGAUAAACGAAAGAGAUGUGAUUGAAUGCACGCCUCGCGGGUCACGGGAACCAAGUAUCAAAACGUCAAUCGAGCAAAGUAACGCGAUGGAAGAAAGGAGGAUGAGAGUGAGAGCGAAGGAAAGGGACAGAGAGAAGGAGAGAUCAAGUGGAAACGUACGUUUGAAAAAGAUAAUCUUGCAAAUAAACGGGCGUACAGAUAUGUAAUUGCGCGUAUGAACAGAUAAGCGCAAGUAAAUACCUGAAAAAUAAAGCAAGAAAAGAAAUGAGAGAGAGAGAGAGCUAGUGAGCAGACAGGCAGGUAAGCGGACAGGCAGCUGAGCAGACAAGCAAGAAAGCAGAAAAGCAGGCAGGUAGAUAGGCGAUGAAUAGCAGACGGUAAGAAUCGACACAGUUUUAAGAACGUUGAAAAUCAGAUUUUUCCGAGUCUAUGAAUCUGGCCGAGAUUCGACGCUCCAUCGAGGAUCCCCUUACAGAGGUACAGGAGAAUGGCUAUAUAUCCGUGGCAGCGAGUCGCACGGGGUCCUCAGUAGAAGAUGAUAGAGGACCAAGUGCAUCAACAUCCGGUACGACUACCUCCCGACAAACACGCCCAUAUCGAUGUUACAGGAGCCAAAAUUGAAAAUGAUCAAUGUCAAGAACCUCUGCUUUCCGAAAAGCAAACUUCCCACAGGGUAAUGUCAGCUCGUGCUCGUUCGCGCACUAUCUCAGAAUCAACAAUCGGAAACGCGAUCAUGGGCACAACUUCGGCCACGAGUACGAACAUGGUCGCGGUGACGGCUAUGGGAACGGGCACGAAUGCGAACGCAUGGAUGGACACCGUUGUCGGGGUGAACACCACCACCGAACCCGACGACAAAUCCGCCGAAGAAGAUUGCGUCGAGGUGCCGAUAUUCGACGAGGGAACCACCGAUAGCGGCCGCCUUCCCGACGUCGUCGCUGAAAUUUACGGCGUAAACGAGGAUGAACCCCUCGAAUCGUACUUGGCGAUCACUAUCCAAGUUUUUAUACCGUUUCUUAUUGCCGGCCUAGGCAUGGUUGGAGCUGGAUUGGUUCUAGAUUUGGUUCAACACUGGGUUGUGUUUGAGAAAGUGAGCGAACUGAUCAUUCUGGUGCCAGCACUGUUAGGUUUGAAAGGGAAUUUGGAAAUGACUCUCGCGUCCCGCCUUUCGACUCAGGCAAAUCUCGGACACAUGGACACGCCGAAACAACAAUGGUACAUGAUCGUUGGAAAUCUCGUUUUGAUUCAAUGCCAGGCGAUAGUGGUUGGAUUUCUGGGCUCUGUGGUGGCGAUCGUCAUGGGAGCGUUCCGAAACGGUACCAUCUCGCUAGACCAUGCAUACCUGUUGUGUGCAAGCAGCCUCGUUACCGCGUCUCUGGCAUCAUUCGUCCUCGGAUUGAUAACCGCAGGUGUGAUUGUUUUCUCCCGUCACUGUCACAUAAACCCGGACAACGUCGCCACACCGAUCGCCGCGAGUCUCGGCGACAUCACCUCCUUAGCUUUACUCUCUUGGAUAUCGACGAUUCUCUACGAAUCGAUAAAUAAGCAAGAUUGGGUCGCGCCCCUGGUGAUUGCUUGUUACAUCCUCAUCACGCCGCUCUGGGUAUGGAUCGCCAAGAGAAACAAGUACACCAACGAUGUCCUUUACUCCGGAUGGACUCCUGUAAUGAUUGCCAUGUUGAUCAGCAGUUGCGGUGGUCUAAUACUCGAAUUCAUGGUGUCGCGAUUCGAAAACCUGACCGUUUUCCAACCGGUGAUCAACGGCGUUGGCGGGAAUUUGGUAGCCGUGCAGGCAAGCAGGAUAUCGACAGCCCUUCACAAACAAGCCGAGCUAGGAACACUUCUAAUUCCACCGGGUCACACGCAUCCUGUUAUCUUCAUUACGCCUAUUGCUAACUUCUUUGGCAAAGGUAUGCACGCGAGAACAACACGAGUUCUAAUGGCGAUGGUUAUACCAGGCCAUAUAAUUUUCAUUUACCUGAUUAAUUAUAUGAAGGACGGCAACACUUCGCUAACGCCACUCUUCGUUUUCGUUUACUUGUGUGCCGCCAUGCUGCAGGUUGCUGCUCUCCUGUACAUUGCUUACAUAAUGAUACAUUGGAUGUGGAAACGAAAAAUCGAUCCCGACAAUUCGGCAAUUCCGUAUUUGACGGCAAUGGGAGAUUUGUUAGGCAUUAGUUUAUUGGCAAUUGCUUUCCAAUUCCUCUAUCUCGUCGGAGAUCAAGAUUCUGAUCAAACGAUCGCUCCGUGAAAAUUGCGUUCUAAUAAAGUGCAAAGAUUUUCUCGAUUAUUUCCAAUAAGACGACGAUCGUUAUCGGAUACAUCGUACAAAAUACUCUCUCUUAAAAACAAAAAAAAUCAUCGCCAUUGUCAUCAUCGAUAGUGAUCAGCAUCGUUAUCGUCGUCGUUUUUAUCAUCAUUGAUAUUAUCGUUAUCGACAACAUCAUAUCGUCAUCGACAUCAUCUUCGUCACCGUCGUCGUCGUCGUCGUCAUAGUUUCCGUGGUUAUUGUCGUCGUUACAUACGCCAUGUUUUUACCCUGCAUAAAGAAAGUUAAAAGUUAGUUAAUCGCUUUGUUAGUAUAGCAUAUGGCAAGGUUUUUCUUUUACGAAUAAAAGAAAGCAAUACAUCGAAAAAAUAUAUAUGUAUCAAGGCGGAUGCCUGACGAGGCUAUGCUUUCGCGAUAUAUACAUGUUAUAUUUCGCGAUAAUCAGAUUAACUAGACAAGCAUACCCUCUCAACCGAAAUGUUUCUGCUCCAAUUGACUCGAAUUUUAUUCUAUUCGAUUCGAUUCACUAUUUAGUCUCGUAUUAUAAUCCCGUGAUAUUAUUUCCUCCGUUCAUCUAGUCGUUGAGAAAAUAAGUUUAUCAUAAUUGGACUAUGUAUUAUGCAUACGCGAGAUCUUAAUAUAGUCCCUAGUUGUAAAGAAAUUUAAAUCGACGAGCAAUCCGUGUUUUCGCGAAAAAUUUGAUUAGAAACAAAGGGAAAAGUGUCUCAGAGUUGGGAUACGAAGAAAGAAAUUCAAAGUACUGUUUCAGAUUGAUCACACUGAUUUUUAGUCUGUCAGUAACUAACGACACAUACGUAUUUAUACAUAUGUCACGAACUUAACGAAAUACAUAUGUAAACCUAACAAUAAUUCGUAACGUCGAUACAAUGUGCAUGUGUCUUCGAAUAGUUGCCUUUGUGUACCAUGGGAAUUAAGUAGAUAAUUUAAAUAUCGAGUAAUGUCCAUACGAACUAUUUUUGAACGCUUUGAAUAACUUGUUAACAAGAUGAAGAGGGUGCGGCACUCUGGACCGACUCUCCUUGUAAUAUCUAUUAGCGCAUUCUCGAUCACUCAAUAAAAUCAGUCACAGUGCGGCAUUGUAGAAGUCGGUAUGUCGCUAUGAUAGUUACACAACUGCUCUAGCUCCAUAAUUCCGCGAGUCUUCCACCGAAGUUAGCCGAUUAUCGACACUGCGAAAUGUAUUUUCACUAUGUACACACAAAGCGAUUCGAGAGGCCUCGAAAUGAAAAUCAGGUUUACACAUCUUUCACCGUAGGAAUUUUCUUUAGAGAUAUCGCCGUACAACUAAACAAUUACACAUAUACAUAUGUUGAAACACGAUAUUUUGUCUCUUUUUCUCUUGGCACGCGUACGCAAACGCAAUAUAAUGCCUAAAAUUUGAGAAACAUUGUAAAAACCAGUAGGAAAAUUCACACUGAAAGAUUAGGCUAUAAAUAUAUAUUGACAAUAAUGUUUGUUUCGAGGGGACGGAUAGACUAUUUUUUACCCAACACAAACGAAAAAUGUAAAGUAAAACGCUUCCUUUUACACGCAUAGACACAAAUUGAGAAUGCGAGUAGACGUUCCGUUUUCGGAAAACUCGGAGAAAAAUACUUUUAUUGUUCAACCGGUAUCGUUUAAAUGAAUUUAUGUUUUUUAAAUAGAUAUGGAUAUAUUUACAUACGUGCCAACAAAUUAUGAAACGGGAACUUAUGAAAUAUUUUCCUUCGAGUCUUUCUCAAAAGCUUGAACCGAAGUGAAGGAAAAGAAAUUCGAAAAGGGAAAACGUGAAAGAGAGAAGAGAGAGGCAAAAACUAAAAUUUGAACAAGAUAAAUUUUAAGAAGAAAAUGAGAAAGGUCAUGAUGAUUAUUUUUUAAUACGGUGCUACUGAAAAUAGAUUUACGACGGCAAAACACAUGCGAGCUACUAUGAACUACAGACGCAAAUAACUAGCUCGCUUAUUCACGUCAUGGUACCUGUUCUUCGUCAAAGUAUACGCAUUCUAAACUGUCUCAGUUCGAUCGAACAAGUCAAGCAAAAGGAUUGUUAGCCAUUUUCGAAUGGUGAGAUUAAAAUCGAGAUGUCAUGCUGGUACAAAGCGAUUGAACGCACAUUUGAAUGAAACAUCGAUGUAGUUUUAUAUAAUAAAAUUGAAUUAAAAG